ACGCCACCUACAUAGAUCGUUCAAGGAGGCGCUGGUUUAAUUCCUGGCAUUAUCGCAAAGAUUGCAGCGCUAAAACACGAAAAAUUGAUUUUGGAAAUUUCUGUAUAUCUUCUGGCGGGAUUCGCAAACAAAUUAUCAGUUCCCCACCAACAGACUCGACGUGUUGAAUGACACCUCAUACGUGUCAUAUGUCUCGAUUGGUGUCAUAAAGAUAUCCCUCCUCUAUGAUUGGAGCACGGGAAGUGGUCGAGGAAUAGCAAAUAUUGCACGUCCGCACACUCAAGAGCUUUUCUGAAUUACUGUACAGUGAUAUAAUGAAAAUAAUAUUAUAUCAUUAUUGAAAGGGGGUAAUUGAAAUGAGUGUACAACUCGCUCGCCGCGCCGCUUACUUCUUUUCUCUUGCGGUUCACUACAGAGAGUAUAAACACCCUCUGGAGUAUAUAUCACUACUCGGAUUGUGGUGACGACGCUCUUCCCAUAGAGAGCGCUCUUUUGCCUGCCGACUAAGAUGUCUAUGGCCUGCCGCCGUUUGUUUUGACGGAUGGGAAGUGCCGUUCGUCUGCGGAUCAUCUGUUCGUGCUGUACUAUCGGCAACGAAGUAAUUUACUAAUGGAUGAAUUAAAAAUGGAUGCAGGAAGUGCCAUAAAAUAUGAAGAAGUUAAACUAGAGCAUGAUGACUGGAUAGAAAAUCCUCUUCAGAAUUCCACAGCACUAAAUAAGCUGAGCACAUUUGUUAGUGAUGUAAAAGAAGAAGAUAAUGAAGAGGAAGAGCUGGAGUUUCCAGCCACAGUUUUUCUUGAGGCUUAUGAGGACACUCAAGAAUUUGUGGAUGAAUCUGAAGACCCCUUGGCAAUAUGUAGUGAGACUAUUGAUGACAAAGCUGCGUUGAAGGAUACAAGUUUUUCGAUCUCAGAUCCGAAUAACGUCCACAGUGCAGCAGGAGGUGAAAGAAACAAAACGAAAGCAGAGGCCUACCUGCAGCAGCAGCACCGAGAAUUGAAACUACACCGCCAUCCCAAAUGUGAAGGGGACCCUGCAGGAGACUAUUCUGCAGCGGUUGGCGCGCCUGGUAAUAGUUGGAGUCGACGGUACGGAUGUUCAAUAUGCAAGAAAGACAUUUUUCACGCGAGUGUAAUCAAGCGCACCCACUUUGUCGAGAAGUGGUACAAAUGCUUGUGCUGCGAAAUGGGCUUUGGAGAAUUGGGCUCUCUAGAGAGUCACGUGCAGGUCCACGCGGGCGAGGGCUUUUUAGUGUGCGAGGUUUGCAAGACCUCUCGACAGUCUACUUCCGAUAUCCGCAUGCGACAACACGCAAGCGAAACUUCGUUCGAGUGUGUCGUUUGCAAAAAGAACUUCGCGAGUUCGGGAGCCUUGAAAAUACACAUGGAGACUCACGCCGACCCAAAGCCGUACGAGUGCCCACAGUGCAAGAAAAUUUUUGUUCAGAAGAUAGCUCUAGCUCAUCACAUGAGGACCCACCCCGCCGUAGCGUCGUUCAAAUGUUUGGUGUGCAAACAGGGAUUCGAAAGGAAGGAGACAUUGGUUGCUCACAUGCGGACCCAUACUGGGGAGGGGCCGUUCCAGUGUGAAAUGUGCUUGCGGACAUUCGUGAAAACGGAGAGUUUGGCCAAACACGUUCUGACUCACACGGAUGAGAAACCUUUCUCCUGUCCUGAUUGCCAACGGAAGUUCACGAGCAAGGCGUACUUGGUUAGACAUAUGACAACUCACUUUCACAGCAGGCAGUACGAGUGCGGCGUUUGCGACCGGAAGUACGUCCGAGAGAGAGAUCUGCUGAUUCACUCGCGGAAGCACAACGGUGUCAAUCGGUUCGAAUGCCGCGUCUGCCACGAAGGCUUCGCCAAUCGGGGCUCUUUAAACGUUCACCAAAAGUGCCACGCGGGCGCGAAACCCUUCAAAUGUACAGACUGCAACUUGAGCUUCGCCCGGCAGAAGAGUUUGAACAAGCAUUUGCGGAGCCACACGGGCGAGACACCGUACGAGUGCAGCUUCUGCGAGAGAAAGUUCGCGAGGAGCGAGCAUUUGAACCAUCACCUGCGGACCCACACGGGGCAGAAACCGUUCGAAUGCCUCGAGUGCGGGACGCGGUUCGCGACCAAGGACGAAAUGGUCAGCCACGCGAAGGGCCACGCCGGCGACAACGCGCAUCUGUGCUCAGUCUGCGCGGGCAGGUUUCCACGAAGGGAGGCGUUGGAUAUUCACAUGCUGACCCACACCUCUUGCGCGAAAAAGUACGAGUGCCCAACGUGCAAGCGGUCGUUCGGGUAUAAGAAUCACCUGGCAACGCACAUGAAAAGUCACUCGAGGAGACGGCCACUGAUGGCGCGCGCCGAGGGGGAAGCAGAUCCGAAUGACUAGUCUUUCGCGGUGUGCAACUGAAACUUCAGCCUGCGAAUUGAAAGGUUCAGGGCGGAGUUUCAAAUGUCACUUAUCGCCCAGGGCAGUAACUGCAGAUUUCAGGGGUGGGGGCAAGAAUGGAUUAAUAAUUAUAUAUUCCUCUAUAAUUAUUUAUUCCAACCUACCCUCCUUUUUGGUUAUGAUUGAUAAUUUUCUUAAGAUAAUAAGUAGCUUUAUACGUUUUAGUUGAAAUGACGUUUUCAAUAAAUGUCACAGUGUUUGUAAUUUUUCACUCAUUGACGCGCCUGCAAACUCGAAAUAAUCAAUCAACUGCGUAUAGAUGAUGAAAACUCAUGGGUGAGUUAUUAUGCAGCCUCUCCGGCUUCAGCCAAUGAGCUUCAUGCACUAGUUUGC